CGGUUUGACACCUCUAUUUUGGUAUGUGUGAGAAUUGUGCGCGGCUGAGAAAAAUCGUAGAACCUCAUCGGAUUUUGUUUAAUAACAAAUAAACGAAAUGGAGCAUCAUACAUACGCUAAAAGUGACGCGAAAUCAUGGACCGUAGAGCAGACGCGCCGCCUGGUGACAAAGCGCAUAAAUGCGGAUCAUAUGUUCAAGAAACCCUCGCUGCGGAGCGAGCGGGAUUGGAAGGCUUUUAAGGAAACGGCUAAGAUUGAUGAUUUUGAUGGGAAAGAAUUGCGAAAUCAAUGGCAAGCCCUGUUGCAAGGCUAUCGCAUUAAGAGAAAUGGCAUCAGUGCGCCAAUCACCAAUCAGAUCAUCGCAGCAAUCAACAAGAAAUGGGAGUUUUUCGGUGAAAUCCAUCAAUUCAUGAUCAAGAAGAAUGACCAUCAUUCGUAUGCACAGAAUGCGACGAAUGAUCUGAAUGCGCAGUCGAAAGUGACUAAACAGGUAACCAAAAACGUAACCAUCGAAGUGGCACCGGAAAUCGUGCCCCCAAGUCCUAAAACUCCGAAAAAGGUGGUAGAAGUCAACCCAGUUGAUGUUAAUCCUAAGAAGGAUAUCGAUAAGGGUUCCCUAAACGCAGCAGAGAUUAAGACGGAAAAAGGUGAAGAGGCGAACGACAAUGGUGUGGAGGUCGUCGUCGCACCUGAACCAUUUGUUCUUAUUCCUGUGACAUCGAAAAACGUGCCACCAAAUCAGCAGGACAACGCCGAGGAAGACGAGGGCGAGAAGGGUUUCAUAGCCCCAACAAAGAAUAAGACGGCAAAUCGUUCUUUGACUCGGCCAAUAGGGGAGAGAGGGCCACUCUCGCAAUCUCUGCCCCCCACACCGUCCGAGAACAAUGAAAACAACAAAACCUCGGCUCAGUCUAUGGCUCUUAAGUCUCGCAAGCGUCCGGCUGAAGAGGAACUCAGCGAGAAGGAUGAGUACUACAAACAUCGCAGUCGCUAUUAUCAGCUUAUGGAGAAGCGUCUCAAAGUAUUGGGCCGGGCUGUGAGUAAAAUGUUGAUCCCUUUGGCCACAUUUCUAGAUGUUCAGAUCGAGGUGCCGGGUCUAGAGAAGUUAUUUGCAGCCGACUCGGAGCCAUCGCCGGUUGGCAGUGUCAGUAGCACUGAUGAGGACUCCAAACAGGAAUAAACCAAGGGUCGAAACAGAGUACUGGGCGGGUAGUCUAUAAGUAAGGAAGAAGAGAAGCCCAAGGCAGAGCCAAGGAAGCUACCACUGAAACAGGGUCCACGUUUUUGUUAUCCCCUCGUAUUAUUUGUAAUUAUACCCGAUACUCAAAAUGAGUAUUGGGGUAUAUUAGAUUUGUGGUAAAGUGGAUGUGUGUAAC